AUGAUCAACUCCAAUCUUGCAGUUUAUACCAAAGUACACAAGCCAUUACAGCAGGAAGAAAACCUUAAAAAAGUAUAUAUUGAUCACGAUUUAAACAUAUCCAAGUUGUACAUAGACCACUCCAUUGAUUGGUGUAAAAAUCGAGAUCUACAGCCUGUAUUAGAAGAUAAAUACAGGCGUAUUUUCUGCAGCGAGUAUAAUAUUGGGUUUAAGCUGCCCAAAAGUGAUACCUGUAAAACAUGUGAUAUGCUGAAGGUAGUUAUAGAAGAUCAAAAUGCGAGUGAAGAGGAAAUUAGGCAAAAUAAAAUCAAGCAUGAGUUGCACUUACGAAGAGCUGAAGCAAUAAAACAAAGUUUAAAACGAAGUUGA